AUGCUGAAGAGCAGCUCCACGGAGAAGGAUCUGGGGGUUCUGUUUGACAGCAAGUUGCACAUGAGCCAACAGUGUGCCCUGGCAGCCAAGAGGUCCAACCGUACCCUGGGGUGCAUCCAGCACAGCAUGGCCAGCCAGCUACUAACCCUUUUGUUGUGUGUUUUGUUUUGCUUUUUCUCUUUUAGGACAGAACCUGUCGAGGAAAUGAAGCCAGGAAACCAAACCAUCGCUACUCACUUCUUCCUUUCGGGGUUUGCCUUCCAUGGCAAGAUGCAGCUCCUGUUUUUCAUGCUGAUUUCCAUCAUGUUCCUGGCCACGUUGAUAGGGAACUCUCUAAUUGUUGUGAUCACAACCGUUGACCCUGUCCUACACACGCCCAUGUACUACCUCCUAAAGAAUCUUGCCUUGACAGAAAUCUGCUACAGCCUCACCAUUGUCCCCAAGAUGCUUGCAAUUCUGCUGGUGGAGAGAAAAGUUAUUUCCUUCACAGCUUGCGCCUUGCAGCUCAACUGCGUUAUUCUUUUUGUCACCUGUGAGUGUUUCCUCUUAGGAGCAAUGGCUUAUGACCGGCAAGCGGCAAUAUGCCACCCAUUGCAUUAUGCCACCCUGAUGAACAGGGAUCGCUGCUUCAAGAUGGCCAUUGGGUCUUGGCUGUGUGGUGUCCCUGUGGCUCUGGGCUUCACCACAUGGUUAUUUACCCUGCCCUUCUGUGGGAGAAACACAGUUGAUCAUUUCUUUUGUGAUGUUUCUCCUUUGCUGAAGCUGGUGUGUGUAGACACAGCCUUCUUUGAACUACUGAUUUUUAUUGCUAUUGUCCUAAUAGUGAUGAUUCCCUUUUCUCUGAUAGCCAUCUCCUACCUUUGCAUUAUCCAUGCUGUUCUUCAGAUCCCCUUGGCUGUGGGCCAGAGGCGAGCCUUUUCCACCUGUGCAGCUCACCUGGUGGUUGUGACUCUUUUCUACAGCACAACUGGCAUCAUUCACCUGCGACCCAAGUCCAGCCUCUCAUCCAACAUGAAGAAAAUGGUGUCCCUGUCUUACACCGUGGUCACUCCCAUGCUCAACCCCAUCAUCUACAGCCUGAGGAACCAGGAAGUCAAGCAAAGCCUGAGGACAUGUGUUGACAAGUGGUUACUCGGGAAGCAGAUGACUGUUUUUUCGCUCUCCAGGUGAUGGAUUCCUUGUAGAUGCAAAGAUUAUAGGUGUUUCCCUAAUGGAAAAAAAUAAAUGCUAUUUAUGAAUGAAAUGAAAUGCUUUUCAAAAGACCUGUGCUAUUUGAGUAAUUCUUUGCAGUUAAAUCCUUGAAAUAUCUGCCCUUUAUUACUUGACGUAUUAGAAUUAAUUAUAGUUGUUGCACCUCAGGCCUUGCAAACAAAGAAGUGAACCCAGCUCAUAGUAGG